AUGACUGCGAUUGUAGCGAACGAUUCGGGUGCGCGCUAUCGUCUGGCGCAGGAACGCGAUUUUCGCAAGUAUCUACCGUGCGAGUAUUCGGCCGCGCAGUACGCUCCUUUCGAUCAUGCGAGUCGCCAUAAAUACACUCCUCAGCCUUCGCCGGACCCUGCCUUGACUUCGUUUGCCCAGCUCGCAGCAAUCCGCCUCGGAACUCAACGGGCCCUCAUCACUCUCUUCGAUCGCACACACCAGCAUAUCCUCGCGGAGGGUACUCCAUCAUUGAGUCUCACUGGGGGCAAGCCUGAAAAUGAAUGCGACAAGAUGUUACUGGGAAGCUGCGUGCUUCCCAAAGAACGAGGCCUCUGUCACCACGUGGAGGAUGUGCCCAUCUCCGCCUGCAUGAAGGAUGGGGAGUCAGUGGAGGGCGGUGUCCUGGUUGUUGGUGACGUGAAGAACGACUCGCGUAUCAAGACCAGUUUAAUCCUGGAGACGCUAUCGAAUGUUCGUUUCUUUGCCUCUGUGCCUCUGAUUAGCCCUCGAGGGCUCAUUGUUGGUUGUCUCAGCGCAAUGGAUGAUGAAGUCAGGACUUCGACACUUCCAGAGCACUCGCUUCGCUUCAUGAAGGACCUGGCUGAUGCCAUUAUGAAACACUUGGUGAUGGGCCAUUUCACUCAUAAGAGUCGGCAGGCUGAACGGAUGCUUGUCGGCCUGGGCAGCUUCAACGAGGGGAAAUCCACCCUUCGCCAUGCCUGGCAGGAGGAAAAUGCGGAGGAAAACGCUGAGAAGAAUCCUGAAGAUAUGAUAGAGGGUCGGGCCAACAGCCAGCAACAGCGUCUACAGGACGAAGAGGAGAAAGAUUCGACUUCGCUUGUCGUUCGAGGACCGAAACAAGCCGAGAAUCACACUGAAGGGGGAACAAAACAAAGUGGCUGGGGUCCGGACCCCAGUCAAAAGACUGGGAUAGAGGUUUCACCCAAGGAUAGUUCAAUGCGAAGCGUGAUUUCCGGAGAAAGUCCACAGGAAGAAAUGCAUACAAACAGCAUCAAGCAGGUCUUCUCGAGGGCAGCAAACUUGAUCAGAGAGUCAAUUGGAACCGAGGGUGUGAUCUUCCUUGAUGCGCAAAGCGAUCGCUUCAGAGGCACAGGUGAUCAAGCCGGCCACAGAAGGUCAGACCCUGGGAUACCGAGUGAUCCAUCAAGCAGUGAUGAAAGUACCGAUUCAAACUCACCGACAAAGCAAGACUCUUCACCCACUACUUCGGACGCAGAGGAAGACACUUCACCUUUGUCUCUAUGCUUGGGAUUCUCAACCUCGUCGGGGUCGUCCAUCAAUGAUGACUCACUAAGCGGCCCACCGUCCAUGGUACAUGAAGCUUUGUUCACUUCACUCCUUCGACGAUACCCACGUGGAAAGAUAUUCACCUACGAUGCCAACCGAGCCGUAUCUGAUGAGAGCGACGGCAGCACACGGGAAAUACCAGGAGUGGAACCCAGCUUCAAGCCCGAUCUGCGAAGAUCAUCCAGCAAAAGGAGGAGCAGAUCAAGCUUCCAAAAAGAUGCUAAUCAUCUUAUCAACAUUUUCCCUCAAGCCAGGAGUAUUCUUCUGUUGCCAAUCUGGGACUCGGACAAACGAAGGUGCUUUGCUGGUACUUUGGUCUGGACAAAUGACCCAGAGCUUGUGUUUACAUUCGAGAAUGAGCUGAUGUAUGUUUCGGCCUUUGCAAAUAGCAUCAUGGCCGAAAUCAAUCGUCUCGAGGUCGAGAUGGCAGACAAGGCUAAGACCAGGCUACUCAGCAGUAUUACCCAUGAGCUUCGAACACCAUUGCAUGGAAUUCUGGGCACUGCGGAUAUUCUCACUGAUACGGCUAUGAAUGCCUUGCAGCACGGAAUGGUUCACACAAUUGAAUCCUGUGGCCGCACUCUUCUGGACACCAUCAACAACUUGCUGGAUCUCGCGUUCCUUGGCCAGAACAAGAAUCAUCAAGGCAAGAAGAUGGGAGAGAAACACUUCCCCGCCACGAAGGAGGGAAGUCGUGAUCGAAAGAAAGAGCGCGGUGAAAAGGCUGCAUCUUCGCAUGUCAAGCUUGAUGCGGUGCUUGAGGAAGUGGCCGAGUCCGUUUUUGCCGGAUACAGUUUCUACAAUCACCCCAGAAUGCCGCCCCCUGCUUUGACCGAUUCUUCUUCACGUUCAGCGGGUCAAACGAGUAGUUCCAAUCAGGUCGGCCCACGGGCCAGCGAGGUCACCAUCAUCUUUGACAUCCAGCCUGACACAGAAUGGGAAUUCGAUACCCAUCCUGGUGCCUGGCGUCGCAUUUUGAUGAAUGUCUUCGGUAAUGCACUGAAAUAUACAAAAAAAGGCUACAUCUACCUUGGACUGAAGUCAUCUGAAAAGACUGGUUCUCGACGUGGCUCACAACUGGCUCCGGACUCACCGGAAAACCAAGAGGCCGAGUUCGAGGUCACUCUCACCGUCAAAGAUACCGGCAAGGGUAUUGGACCUGAAUAUCUGCAGAAAGAUCUCUUCAAACCCUUCAUGCAGGAGGAUUCACUCAUGUCUGGCAGUGGACUGGGGCUCAGUAUUGUUCAUCAAGCUGUGGGGUCACUUGGUGGCUCGAUUGAAAUCAAUUCUACUCAGGGAGUCGGCACUGAAUUAUCGAUCCGCACUCCUCUUGUGCGCUCCCUCGACAACUCGGAUAAUGUUUCCUCGAAUUCGGAGUUCAAUUCCAUUUUAAGUUAUACCCAGGGGAAGUCGAUCGGAUUUUUAGGUUUCGGAUCGUCCCUCAACUCUCAGCGCGACAGGUCCUUGUUCGAAUCCCUCGAGCGAUUGUGUCACGACUGGUUCGGCUUGACAGUUACAAACGUGUCAUGCUUCCAAGGCGAGCCCCUUCUCUUGGACUUCUACUUGGCUGUGCAAACCGAACUGGACUCUGAAGACAGAGGGGGCAGAGAUCUUUUCGCCCUUGGGAAAAACUUACACGGCACAGAUGGCAAUGGCUCGCCAGUCGUCGUCAUCUGCCAGUCACCUGAAGAAGCGCACCAUAUGUUUGUCACGACGAAGAAUCGUGGAGAGGCACCCGUCUUCGAAUUUAUCAGCCAGCCUUGUGGGCCACGCAAAUUGGCCCGGGCACUGAAUCUGUGUAUCAAGCGACAGCGCGACUCCCCGUCCGGUCGAUCUACCCCUGCUGAGCCGACUCGCUGGGUUGAAAUGCCGGAAUCUUCUCAUCUCCCAGUUGAUCUCGAGUCCACCGAUCCACCUGACGAGCGUAUGAAACUCAGCAAACGACCGACGAUGGAGACAAUGGGAUCCGGGGAACGGUUCUCUCGACAACACUCGAAUGACGAGAGCCAGAAUGGAUCGAGUCAAGAUAUGUCACCAAUGACCACCCCCACGAACGGUGUGAAUGGUGUAAAUGGGGUCCAUGAGGAACCAGAUUACUCGCGGCCAUCUGUUCUCUUGGUGGACGACAACGAUCUGAAUCUUCAACUACUGUGCGCCUACACAAAAAAGACGAGUUACGAAUACAUGACUGCUCGUAAUGGAGCCGAAGCUGUUGAUGUUUACAAGGCCCACCCCGACAUUUUCCGAGUCAUCAUAUUAGGUGUGUUUCCUUCUUCUCCGACCAUGUUUGUUACGAGACUAAUUUAUCCAGAUAUGUCAAUGCCCGUCAUGGAUGGCUUUGAAGCCGCCCGUCAAAUCCGUGCCUUUGAGAAAGAAUACCGAGCAUCGCACCAGGAUGUGCCUUCACUGAGCAUCGUUGCCUUGACAGGACUCGGAGGCGCAGCUGCCGAAGAGGAAGCCUCCGCGUCUGGCAUUGAUGACUUCCUCAUCAAGCCUGUCAAACGAGGGGAUGUGCAAAAGAUUCUACAAAAGUCGCAUAGUCAGUAG